AUGAUCUUGAAGGGGGCUUUCAACAUUAAUUACAAAGACGGGUAUCCAUAUUUGAUGCGUACUCUUAUUUAUGAUUCUAGAUUCAAGGUUUCUGAAGAGACAGCUAUGGCCAUGGCAUGGUUUUCAUUUCCUAAUCUUCUGUCAACCUUCAUUGUGAAAGAAUGUUUAUUUUCAAUUGUUGCGGCAGUUGGUAAACCAAUUCAUUUCGAUCAAGCAACAAGGCAUAGUUGUGCACGUGUGAAGGUGUUGAGAGCACAUGGGUUAAUAGAGGCCUAUAUAUUUGCUUUGGAUGCCCUUACAGUGAGAUUUGAGGCUUGUGAGCAGGGACGGGGUGAUUCUGCUACUGUGACGACCUUGAAGGCCGAUAUUAUUGGGAUGAGGAAGGAUGUGGACGAGCUAAAGUCUACUGAUCUAUCGAUGUUAUUCAGCACAGUAGAGAUCCCCAACAUUCCGAGCACUGAUGUUCCACCCAGUUCUGAGAUUCCUCCAGCUACUACGACCGGAGAUGUUGCUAUGGUGACAGUUGACGCUGAGUUUGAGGCUGAAAUUGAUGAGAAGGAGCACGGUGUUCGUGAGGAAGCUAUGUAUAAUGAUUUAGCAGAUUUUGAGGGAGCUAUGAUCUAG